AUGGUUAAAGGUGAAACUUUUGCCCAGGAAAUGAACCGCACCGCUGAAAGUUGCUUGAAAGCUCGUGGGGCUACAAACCCAACAUUUAAGUCAGUAGAACAUUCAUGUUUGGAUGUAAUUGCAAAACUGGAAAGCCUAUCUGUAAAAGAAGCUGAUAAGGUCAAGGAUGGCAAAGAAAAGCCGAAGAAAAAGCAUCUGUUUGUUGACAAUGUAUCGCCAGUGGAUUUUUUGAAUUAUCAAAAUGCAAAAUCUAGCUUUUUGGCAAGAAAAAUGAAAACUGCAGCAAAGUUACAUCGUGUUGGACCUGAACUUUUUGCCGAACUACUACAGCAUUCUACGAAGAAAAAGGAGGAAAAUGAAGAAGAAAAGACUCGGGAAGGGACAGAGAAACAAAAAGAGGAAAGCAGUAAAAAACCAGAAAUUAUUCCACGUGGCCCAAGCAGAAUUGAACGUACACCAAUUGUACAUCAUCCAUAUGGUGGUUCGAAAGGCCAAAACUAUGGAACAGCUCCAAAAAAGAAUGAUAACAAAUACAGCCGCCAAACAGGUUAUGAAAACAACUACGUUUGGACUGACAGUCCAGAAACAGCAGGAUAUAAUUCAAAUAACUCUUCUCCAGAAACUUAUCAAACAGAUAUGGGUUACUUUUCUUCCAGCCCCCAACAACAACCGUCACCUUUUCCGCAGUGUCCACUAAACGAACUUGAUCAGUAUCUUGAAGCAGAAAGUUCAGACUCUAAAGAAACGCAUGAAGAGAUUCCUAAAAUAGUCUCCGACUUUAUACUAACCUAUUCCCUUCCAUAUUCAGCUUCUACGUCAACAGAGAGUAACACCGCUGCUGACCAGGAGCGCCAUUCACGGAAUAGUAGCUCGUCUGAUACUUCGGCCAAAAUACGUCGCCAUUCAGCGGAUAGCGGCUGUGAUUCCCCUAUGAGCGCCGGAAGCGCUCCGCACUGUUCGCCGAACGCACCGCGAGGUUCCGUGUCAAGUCAGCUCUGUGGUACCGAUAACGAAAACCGUUCAGAUGUUCAUGACGGAUCACUUAAAUCAUUACGCAAGAAGGCAAAGGAAAGGUUUCGAGAUAUAUUAACGGAGAAAGAGUACGAUGAAGGACAACUUUGGGCUAUUCGUGUGUAUACAGAAUUGAGUAAUCGGAAUCAUUGUCUGGACCAAAAGCAAUAUGAUGGUGAUACGUUGUUACAUAUUGUUACCAGCAAUCGUGAUUACGGCAAGAUUUAUGCACUGUCGGAACUGUUGUUGAAAAAUGAUAUGGUAUGUUCGGCAAAUCCAAUUGAUGUACGAAAUGAUCAAAACGAAACACCGUUGUUCAAAGCUGUCGAAUAUCGAUGUCGACCGGAGGCCAUCGAGUAUUUCUUAGCGCUUGGAGCUGAUCCAAAUGUGCAACCAAUGCAGAGCGGAAAACCAAUUAAGGAUCCUCCAUUGCACUACGCAGCAUCGCACAGUAUGCCGGAAAUUGUUGAGGUACUGUGUAAAAGGGCUGACAUCAAUAUGGUUAAUGGCUAUGGAUAUACGCCACUUUUAUGCGCUGCAUUAAAACAUAAUCAUCUAAUCUGUAAAGAAACGGGUCUUCGUUGGGACAACAGCAAAACUAUCAAAAUUUUACUGGCACAUGGUGCGAAUCCACGAAUUUAUGAUCGCAAAAACCAGCGUUCUAUUUUAAGUGAAGCGUAUGAGAAAAUGGAACCUGAACUUAGUGAGAUCUUAAAGGCUCAUCUUGAUGAAAGAGUAUAUUAUGAUAUGACAAACCAGGAACUGACAAACAAUCAGCGUCCGCGUCUCGAGAAUCAAGAUGUUGCAUACCAGAAUCAGCGUUACUGUUAUCCAGAUUAUGUGGAGCAACCGUACAUGUACAACUAA